AUGUUUAUCCUGGUCGGGGAGUCUGGAGUUAGAGGUCACAAUUGAAAAAUAAGCAGAGUGCCAUUUGAGAAUCAGCACCAUGGGCAACAUGAAAAUAAUCGAAGUCGCUGCCAAUGGCCACUUUGUGCGGCUCUUAAAUAUCUCACUCAACACGGAGGAAGACAUUGGGAACUACAUCUUGCAGCAGAACAUUGAUGGGCACCCAGUGACAGUGUACCGCUUCCCACCCAGGACCCGGGUGAAUGCAGGGUCCAGUAUAACGGUCUGGGCAGCUGAAGCAAAGGUCCCACACAGUCCUCCAAACGACUUUUUGUUGAAGGAAAGUAAUAAAUUCGGAACUGGUCCAGAAUGUACGACAAUCUUGUGCAAGCCCAAUGGGCAGGCUGUAGCGUGGUUCACUCCUGGUCAUGGAAAAUCAAAGCUAAAGGACCCAUGCAAAGAUGGGGAACAGUUCACAGACUAUGAACAUGCACUCCCAAAAAAUAAUGCUCAACAUAAUUUUCAAUCAGACAAGGCAAAGGAAGAAUUGUUUGCAAACGUGUGCCAAUUCGUCCCAGAGACCUUACCAGUCAAUCAGAAACCGAGCUUCUACAACUUUCCAACCCGCUGUCCUUGGGGCCAGAGUCUGGCUUCUCCUACCCACCCGGAUUUCACCUUACCAAGGAUGGUGUCUGCUGGGAACGAUGGAAGCAGUCAGUGCAGGGACUCCCGUUCACAGUAUAUUCGACCUGACCCUAUCCCAGACCAGCCAAACUCCAGACUGAGAGCGUCACAACAGUGCAGGAAAAGCCCUCUCAGCAAAAAUGAGAAGAAAUCAUCAACGUGCUCUGCAGCACCUUAUCAUCGAGGUGUGCUGUGCAUGAAUCCAUCUCCAUCUGCCUCACCUUUGCAACAGUUUUAUGCCAAGGCUUCUAGCAAUACCAUCACCCCCAGACAGUGCCCACCGUGUCCCACAGCCCCCUCUCACCUUUAAAAUGAAUUUCAGCAAUAUUGCUAUCUUGAAAUGAACACCCUCUGUCAGUCU